UGUAAGCUCUUUGCACAUUUAACAAAAGCCCUUCAUAGCAUCACAUCAGAUCCCAGGUUGGAGUUGUGUUGACAGUAGUCAUGGCAGCAUCUGCGCAGGAGAUGGCACCCUGGCAGGUGUACCUUGCCAGUGGCGCUAACCGGCUCUCCCAUGACCACAGAGGGGGACGCUGGAACAGCGUUUGCAGUGGUGCGGGAGGAUAUGGAACCCGCAUCUCAAUGGAAUAUGCAUCAAGUGUCCCUGUGAGCGUCACCAAUGUCUCAAACUCCCUGUGCCUCAAUGAGAGGGAGAAUAUGCAAGAUCUUAACGAUCGCUUCGCCUCCUACCUGGAAAAGGUACACCAACUAGAGGCAGCCAAUGCUCAGCUUGAGCUACAGAUCAAGGAACAUCUGGAGAGAAGCUCCCUUGGUGACCGUAAAGACAUGGGUGGACACUUGGGGAUGAUCGAUAACCUUCGGAACCAGAUUUCUGAAUGGUACACAACCCAUGCCCAACUCAGGCUGCAGGUCGCCAAUGCUCAACUGGAAGUCUAUGGCUAUAAAUACAAGUGUGAACAGGAGGAAAGGCGUCUCUUGGCAGCGGAGGCAGAGCUGAGCCACCUGCAGAGUAUUCAGCAUGAGUUCAUCGAUAGGGAAGGAGAUCUGCACAUCCAACUGGAUGGAAACCUGGAGGAAAUGGACCUCCUCAAGAGCAACCAUGAGGAGGAAGUGCAGGGAGUGAUGGCCCAGAUGUCUGGGUUGGUUAAUGUGGAGAUGGACUGUGCUCACUCAGUGGACCUGAAUGAGAGUCUCAGUCGCCUAAGGGAGCAGUGUGGGGCGAUGGUCCUGAAGAACAAAACAGAGGCUGAGAGCUGGUUUCGGAGCAAGGUGGACAGUAUGAAGACCCAGGUGACCGUCUGUUCCGAUGGGUCCGAGGUUAGGCAGACAGAGAUAGAUGACCUAAAGAGAAAAGUCCAGGACCUAACUCUGGAGUUGCAGCUAUUGGAGACCCAGAAUCUGUCAAUGGAGAGGGACGAGAUGGAAGUGAACGAGCGAUACAGUAUUCACCUCAGUCGGCUUCAGAAGCACUUAGACAGCCUGGAGGUGGAGCUGCUGCAGCUAUGUACAGCCACAGAGCAGCAGGCUGUCCAGUACCUGAUGCUACUGGACAUCAAGACCAGGCUGGAGAGGGAGAUUGCUGAGUACAGGAGACUGCUGGAUGGAGGGGGAGCCAGGAAAUCAAGCCCCAACGCCAUGGCUAGUGUCACGUCUCACUGUGCAAUGAGCAAUGGAACUGCCUUCCAACACGUCUUCAUGCCAAUUCAGAGUUCCUCCAUUAGUGUACCAACAGCAAGUGUACCAAUAAUUUGUGUACCAAGAGCAAGCGUGUCAAGUAUUAGUGAGACCUCAAGAGAGACCUCAAGCAAUUUAGAAAACGGAGGACAAGUGGUAGGUGCAGCCAUUGGGGAGCAGGUUACCCGUGUGCAGAAAGUGUUUCUGUAUAAUGCCUCCGAUAAAACAGUGCAGAGUGUACAAACUUCCAAUCAGGUUAGCACUGUAAAAGAAGUCCAAAGCAAGUGUUUAGAAAGUGGGCAUCGGGUUGGAUAUUCAGAGAGCAGCGCUAACACCAGCUUUGCACAACAUGGAUCUAGCACUAACACCAGCUCUGCACAACAUGCAUCUAGCGCUAACACCAGCUCUGCACAACAUGGAACUAGCUCGAACACCAGCUCUGCACAACAUGGAGCUAGCACUAACACUAGCUCUGCACAACAUGGAGCUAGCGCUAACACCAGCUCUGCACAACAUGGAGCUAGUGCUAAAACCAGCUCUUGCUAA